UUAAUCUUAUAAUAAUGCAAUAUUUAAGUUGUUGUUGUUGUAAUAUAUUGUUAAGGAUGGACAGAUCAUGUCCCGACAUGUGAUCCUGGUUCAGCCGGAGAACAAGGCUGAGGAGUGGGGUGAGUGGAGCACCGGCCUGUGUGAGUGCUACAAGGACAUCGGAGACUGUUGUUUGGCCUGUUGCUGCCUCCCAGUGUUUACCUGUAAGGUGAGCAGAGCAGCCGGAGGAUGUACCUGUCUGCCUCUGCUGGACUGGAUCAGCUGUGUUCCUCCAGCCUCUCUGGCCAUGAGGGCAUCUGUCAGAGAGAGAUACGGCAUCCAG